AUGGACAUAAAACAAGAAAACCUUUCAGUCAUAACUGGUGAUAAUAUCAAUAAUUCAUCACUUCAAAAUAAAAAAAUUUUAUCAAAUAUUAAUGAACAAUUAACAAAUGGUGGUUUACAUCAAAAUACUUUUGAUUUAACAUCAUUUAAUUUACCAACAUUUCAAAAUAGUAUUAUGUAUAAUUCACAAGUUCAAAAUCUUACAGCAUCUAAUAAUAUUGGAAGGAAUCCAUUUUAUGAUACUCAAAGUAUAGCACCCCUUAAAACUACUGAAUUUUCUAUGAACCAACAACAGAAUGAAGGUAUGUUUGAAUAUCUCAACAAUUGCAGAGUUAAUUUGAGUUUACAACAUUCAUUGUUACAAUCAUCAACAAAUAAUAAUUCUACAAAUACGUUGUUAAAUUCUAUGGCAAAUAAUUCUAAUCCAACAACAUUAACAUCACCAACAGGACAUGCUAUAUUAUUGAAAGACGAUAAUAUUGGUAUCAAUAUGGAUAAUGCUGGAACAUUAAAUUCAUGUUUUUCAUGUCCACCUCUUCGUAUAUCAUCAUGUCAAUCAAAUACACUCAAUCAACCAGAUCCUUAUCAAAUAUUGGGGCCAACAAGUUCAAGAUUAGCUUCAGCUGGUUCAGGACAAAUACAGUUAUGGCAAUUUUUAUUAGAAUUAUUGUCAGAUAGUCGCAAUGCAGAUUCCAUAACAUGGGAAGGUACACAAGGUGAAUUUAAACUUGUUGAUCCAGAUGACGUUGCUAGAAGAUGGGGUGAAAGAAAAUCAAAACCUAAUAUGAAUUAUGAUAAAAUGAGUAGAGCAUUAAGAUAUUAUUAUGAUAAAAAUAUAAUGUGUAAAGUUCAUGGUAAAAGGUAUGCAUAUAAAUUUGAUUUUCAAGGAAUAGCACAAGCACUUCAACCACAAACAACACAUCCUGGACCAUCUGAUAUGUUUAAUACAGCAAAUUCACGUAUUCAACAAGAUUUUAUGAAUACAUCAUGGACGACUGCUGCCAAUUAUAGAUCUCUCAUGAAUCCAUCAGGCCUCCAAAAUUCCACCGGUUUUUUUAAUCAAACAAUGGGAUAUGGUAGUUUUAAUUCAUCAAAUAUGUCAACACCUCGCAACUUUCCUUUGUACAAUCCUCAAGGAUACUCAAAAUGUAUAUAUUCAAAGAGAGUUUCAGAUGAAAGAUAUAUAUUUUAA